CUGCCCAGUUUCUGCCCCGCGGGCCGGGCCGGAGCUGACACUCAGGGUGCGCCGGGACGUGCCUGGCAGUUGCGCAAGUUGUGCUGGGGAACUAUGUAAGAGGGGCGGACAGCCAUGGAGCUCCAGAGGGAUUCCGGUACCAGCAGCUCCGAGGCCCAGCAAGCACAUCCUGGGAAGGAAAAUGCGCUGUGGACCCCUGUGCCUGUUCCUGUGGCUUUGGCUCUAUCUAUCCUACAUUCAAGCUGUACCCAUCCAAAAAGUCCAGGAUGACACCAAGACCCUCAUCAAGACCAUUGUCUCCAGGAUCAAUGACAUUUCACACAUGCAAUCAGUGUCCUCCAAACACAAGGUCACUGGUUUAGACUUCAUUCCUCUCUACCCGGACCUGAGCUUCUCCAAGAUGGACCAGACAUUGGCAGUCUAUCAACAGAUCAUCAGCAAUCUGCCUUCCCGAAGAAAUAUGGUGCAAAUAUCUAAUGACCUGGAUAAUCUCCAGAAUCUUGUCCACAUGCUGGCCUCUUCUAAGGGUUGCCCUCUGCCCCAAACCAGGGGCCCAGAGCUUCUGGAGAACCUGGGUGGUGCCCUCAAAGAAUCAAUCUACUCCACAGAGGUGGUGGCCCUCAGCAGGCUGCAGAGGUUUCUGCAGGAAAUGCUGCUGCAGCUAGACCACAACACCAUGUGCUGAGGCCUUGAGGCUGCUCUUUCCCGGAGGACCAGGGAAGAAACCUUGAGGGAAGAAACCUUGGCUUCCAGGUGUCUCUGGGAGAAGAGAGCCUUGGGUGGACAUCCCGUAUCCAGAACCUUGUCCAUUUCUCUCUUCUAAGCCACUCUUCCUAAGGCACAAGACUACAUUGCUUGAUACCAAAGAUAUAUGCACAUGAUUCCAUGCUCACCAGGAAGGGGGCCCAUCCAGCCAAGAGUAUAUUGUACGGGCGAUUCUCACUAAAUUCUUAAGCCAUCAACAAGAGUCACCUGUCUCCUUUUGGUCCCAUCUCCUUCUCUAUGUAUGCUUCAGUGUAACCAGGGGUGAUUUCAGAAAUUGGGCAGACAGAGCCUUUGGACCUUCUCAGAGUAAAGCUCUACCUGAAAUUCUGGGGAGCACCAUGAAGGCUGCAUUCACUUUCAGCUAAAAACUCCCAAGCAACACAAAUUGGAAGCACUUGUUUAUAUAGUAUGCAUUUUACUCUAGAUGGAUUUGAAGCAAAGUACUGUACCAGCUUUUCGAGGCUUUGGGGUCAACUAGGACUGGGGAUGCCCCUGGGAUGUUGGUUUUAGUCCCAUCGAUGGGCCUGCCUAAGGCAAGCCCACUUUGAGUGACUGGAGGAUUGAUAUUGUCUGAGCAAGAGCCAAUUGAGGUAGCUCUCAAGUUAUUUCUCUAGUGACUGGUUUUGUUUUACUGUGACUAAAUUUACACUGCAGUUUUUGCAAUGGCAUUUCCCUGAGUGAAUCCUCAAGGGCAAGAUUAUUUUAAAAAGAAGGUGAAUUUUACCAAGUAAUACACACCUGUGUGUACAGGGGUGGGCGUAUGUUGGUGGGAGGGAAAAGGAUCCAGAAUAUAUUUUCUGAAUAACAUUUUUGUAGGAAGAAAUGAAGUCAUUUUUUCCUCUUCUGCAACCACUAGGGUAGUUUCCAUGAAGAGAAUGGAGGGGGUUCGGGGGCUGUGAGGUUUACAUGGUGUCUGUGGAGGGAAGGCCCUAAAGCUGAAGGUCCUUUGGUGGUGUAGUACUAAGCUCAGGGAGUGGGGAUCCCACACUGGAGACAGUGAUCCCCAGGGCAGGGGUCCUUGGUGUGGCUCUCCAAGUGGCUCAGAGUUGAUCCCACACUGGGUUUAUAACAUAGUAAUGUUCCUAUUUUGGAUUUGCCUGCAAAUUGUUUUUCUCAUCUGAUUGGUUCAUCCAAAAAAAGGCUAUAUUUCCCACCCAUUCUGUGGCUAGUUUUAUUUCAGUGAGAAAGUGAAAUCCUUUAGCAGAUGGUCCUGAGCCCUGGGACUGCUGAGUGAGUGUCAGGGCCCUGGGCCAACCUGCCAGUUUGGCCUUUUGGCUGGAGGUCAGGUUCAGGAGGCUGAAUAAGGAGGCUUGGGUUUCCCACCAUCCUUCCUCUGUGAUGUCACUGUGGGUGGUAGAUAUGUCCAAGGAAACUUGAAUCAAAGCAACAAUACACUUUAAGACUGAGCACUUGCUUUGUGCUCAGCCCUGACUGGUGCUGUGGGCUCGAGAAGCUCACCAAAUAAACAUGAGAAUCAGGGACUUGCGUCCCCAUGGUAAAGCCCCACUCACCAGUGUGCCGUGGCAGACACUUCACCAUGGUGUGCCGAACAGCUGAAAGCACAGUGCUGUCUUCAGUAGGUGAAAAAUGGCAUGAGCUGAGAGUGGUGGUGCCCAGGGGCCCACAGGUGACCCUGCUUACACUCUAGUAUUUCUACAGUUUUCAGGGCACAUAAGCAUCUUUUGCUAUAAGGAAAUAUAGGUUGAAUGUCCCUUAUGUGCUUGGAAACUGAAAGUGUUUUAGACUUUGGACUUUGUUUCAGAUUUUGGCAUAUUUGUGUUUACAUGAUGAGGUAUUUUGGUGAUGGGACACAAGUGUAAACAUGAAAUUCAUUCAUAUUUCAUAUAUAUCUUAUACACACAGCUUGAAGAUAAUUUUAUACAAUAUUUUAAAUAAUUUUGUGCAUGAAACAGUGUUUCAUAGUGUGUCCUCUUCCACUAGUGGUAUCACAUCAUUGCUCAAAAGUUUUGGAUUUUGGAGUAUUUCAGAUUUCAGAUUUUCCAAUAGGGGAUGCUUAGCUUUUACCUGAGACCCUAACAGCUGACAGGUAGAAGGACCAGGCCUAGAGCUCAGGUCUUCUGAUCCUCAGAGAGUCCCUUGAGCUAGCUCUCUGGAUAUGGGCUGGAGCAGGUGAGACCAUGAAGAGUUUGGAGGUAGAAUUUGAAGUAGGUGAGGGAUGUGAAUUGUCCGCAGGGAGGAGGCUGUUUUGUUGGAAGCUUGGUGUGUGGAGGAGACACAGAGGUGAAAAAUGUGAGCAGCAAGUGAUGGCAAAAGGCAGAGGAAGAAGAGAUGCCAGGGAAAGAGACAUGUUGAGGGAUGCAAAAGUUGGAUACUAAAGGUCAUGCAUCCCAAGUUCUGGAGAACAGGCUUCGUGGAGGCCAUGGUCAGACUCGCCCUGGGAAAUAUGGCAGAUCAGCUCAGCCACUCAUCACACUGGGAUGUCUUGAGCCUUCUGCUCACAAGGCCUGGCACUACGGCUCAGAGUGUGACACUUCCCAAAUGCAAAUGCUUGUCUUUUGUUUUUAAUGCUUGUUUAAAAGAAAAAAAUUCAAAUAAAUCUACUUUGCCCCAUG